GCCAGAGCCCGGCUUGCGGUGUCCGGCUUGCGGGGCCGCUUCCUCGCUCGGCUCGGCGGGUUUUGUCCUGGCAAAGCGAUAAUAAUGGCCGCAAUAUGUUGGUACUACCAGACGUAGCUGUAAAUAUGACCUGACAUCCUGAAGAUUGUGUGCCUGGCCAUCAGGUGAUCUGAAGACCAUGGAGCUGAAAGUUUGGGUUGAUGGAGUCCAAAGGAUUGUUUGCGGAGUAACGGAAAUUACAACAUGUCAGGAAGUGGUUAUAGCACUUGCUCAGGCUAUAGGUCGUACGGGGAGGUACACCCUGAUAGAAAAAUGGCGGGAUACGGAGAGACAUUUAUCGCCUCACGAGAACCCCAUCAUUUCCUUGAACAAAUGGGGACAACACGCCGGCGAUGUGCAGCUCGUCUUACGGCGCACCGGGCCGUCGCUUAGCGAGCGGCCGACCUCAGACAGCGUCGCUCGGAUCCCGGAAAGGACUUUGUACCGGCAAAGCUUGCCUCCCUUGGCCAAGCUCAGGCCUUCGAACGACAAGUCCAUCAAAAGGAGGGAGCCCAAGCGCAAGUCGUUGACGUUCACCGGUGGGGCCAAAGGACUGAUGGACAUUUUCGGGAAGAGCAAAGAGUCCGAGUUCAAGCAGAAAGUCCUCCACUGCAAGACCACGGCAGACGAGCUGAAGAAGCUCGUCCGCCUCCAGGCGGAGAAGCUGCAGUCGGGGGAGAAACGGCUGGACUCGGAUGAGGCCGAGAUCCGCUACUGGGAGCAGAAGUUCAGCUUCAGCCUGGAGGAUGACAUCCUGAAGCUGGAGCAGAAGCUCAAGAGGAACGAGGUGGAGAUCGAGGAGGAGGAGUUCUGGGAGAACGAGCUCCAGAUCGAGCAGGAGAACGAGAAGCAGCUGAAGGAGCAGCUGAUGGAGACCCGCCAGGGGGUCGUGGACUGUGAAAGCCAGCUGAGGGACUACCUGGCCCAGAUCCGCCAUAUGGAAAGCGGCCUGGAGGCCGAGAAGCUGCAGCGGGAAGUGCAGGAGGCUCAAGUCAACGAGGAAGAAGUCCGAGAGAAGAUCGAGAAAGUCCGGGGAGAACUUGAGCUCCACGGCCAGCAAAGCCUCCGGCUGGAAAACGGCCUCAAAGCUGUCGAGAGGUCUCUGGGGCAGGCGACCAAGCGGCUGCAGGAAAGAGAACAAGAACUGGAGCAGCUGACGAAAGAACUGCGUCAAGUCAAUCUCCAACAGUUCAUCCAGCAGACGGGGACAAAAGUCACGGUGCUUCCGGCUGAGCCCGUUGAAUUGGAGACAUCACACCCAGAGCUGGAGAAAGAACCCGCCUUUCAAACCAGCUCCCUCAAACGCCCGAGUUCCUCACGGCAGCUUCCCAGCAACCUUCGGAUCUUGCAGAACCCGCUGUCCUCUGGAUUUAACCCGGAGGGCAUUUACGUAUAACGGCCCAAUGUCCCUCUGGGGAGGACAUAUGGAGGUAACCGAGGACCGCAACCCAUUUCCUCCUGCUAGGUUUCUUCUCACCGUGACCUAUGGAGGAAGAAGAAGAAGAAGAUGAUGAUCAAAUCUGGCAUUUGAAAACUUAUCAAACCGGGGGCAUUUCAUGGCCUCUUUUUUAAUCUCAUGCCAGGCGCCGAUUUUACGGCGAGGACCAAAACACAAUGGUGGCAGCCAUUCCUCCCUGAACAGCCAUGUCAAAAUAGCUUCCUUCAUUUUCUUUUAUUUUAAAUAUUAGUAUUAUUGCUAUUUCUGAAGCAUAAAUAUUUCUUAGCAGGCAUCCGUGGCUGAUCUGAGACACACACACACCCCUCUCACCCUCCCAAAAUGCUCACUCUCUUUGCUGGGGUAGGGAAUGAUGGCCCUUUGGUUGACAUGUGUACUUCAACUCCCAGAAUUCCUGAGCCAACAUCAUUGACUUAGGAAUCCUGGGAGUUUGGAAGUCCCCCAUGGCUGCCUCGGGAAUUCUGGGAGUUGAAGUCCAGAAGUGAUCGAAGGGCCAUCGUUUCCCCAACUCUGCUCUACGCAGUUGGAUUAUUUAGGGAUUAAUCUAUGGUGUAUGAAUGCGGGCAUAUCGUUUCUAGUUGCAGGUCGUGCCUUAGAGUAGGCCUGUAUUACUCCCCCAUCCAUGGCUGCUGCUAUCUCUAAGACGCCAUUUUGAAUUAAGUUUUCCCUCUGUCCUUCUUCACAUCUCUGUAGCAUCAUUUACACCAUGUGUUGAUAAGAGCUUGGUAGAUCUUCCCCAACCUGUUGCUUGUUGGAGCUGUGGUGAUGAAGCUGCAACUCGGGGUGAGGGAUCCUAAAUAUUAAAGAAAAGAAGGCAAACAUACACAAUCCUCCCAACUACUACUAGGUUGCAAGCUUUAGUAUGUUUCAUAAUUGGCCAUGCUAGGGAUUGGCCACUUGCCUUUCGAAAGAGAAUUGAAGGACAAAAAGCUGGAGAAAGUCCCAAUUUUAGGUCAGGUAGAACUUGGGUUUUUGCCCAGGAUGAUGCCAUGCCUGCAGCGUGAAACGUGUGUUUGUGUACGUAUGUAGGUGUGUGAGAGAGAGAGAAAGAAAGAAAGAAAGAAUCUGCACAGAUACAAAUGAAUGUGUACAAUGAUAAAAAUGAUGUGUUUUGUCACUGCACAAAGAGUCACAAUGUCCAAAUGGACUGAAGCUUAAAAGAAAAAAAGAGUUUAUGUUGUGG